AUGUCUGGUGAACGCCUUCACUUCCGUCGAAUAGCGGGCAGUGGCCCCGAGGUUCCCUUUUGGUUCUCUUUUUUCCGCUUUCACUUGACCUCGCCUGGACAGGACGAGUCAGAGGAGGCUGAUGGAAAAGAAUUUCAGUUCUUGCUGCAUCUGAUCAAGGAGGAGAUAGACAGAAAAGCAGUCAUGCGGUUCAAGUUCUUGGAGGAUCAAAAGAGGGCCUUUCUCAUUUUGGCAAGUGUACUCAUCGCACUGCGCAGCCGCUGUGCUUUCAUCGAUGUCAUCUUGACAUACUCGACAAUCAUCGACAACCACUUUGUUGGCAAGGUGCUGGGCAUUUUUCUUGGAACCGGAAACCGAUGCUGGCUGAGGAACAUGACAAACUUCCAAGACAUUGAAAUAAAGAGGACGAAGGGCAAGCCAGAUACUCAGCUUUCGUGA